UUUGUUGCCUUUUCCAUAUUGCUGUGACUUUUCGACCACCGGACAAUCACACUCCUCUUCGCCGCUACCGCCUUCAUACCCAUACCAUAAACGCCCGUCGCAUCUCGAACCUCGCCCAUCAGCUGCAGCACCGCCGACUGUCCCCCCCGUCGGGCCCCUCAACACCGCGCGUCGAAGAAACGCAAUACACAAUACACAAACAAUGCGCUUCCAAGUCUUGACGGCGCUGGCCACUCUGGCAGCCACCGCCUUCGCCGAUGUCGAAUUCACAUCUCCUGCUGCCGGCGUUCAGAUCCCUGGAGGCACUGCCAUGACAAUCACCUGGACUGACGACGGAACAUCGCCCACAAUCGAUCAAUUCAGCGCCUACACCUUGAACCUCAUGGCCGGUGGUGCCACGUCUGCCUCUGUCGCAGUUGCUGCCACCAUCAAAACAAACGUCGCCUAUGUAGGCACUACAGGCACCAUCACCUUCACCGUUCCGCUCACCGCUGGUAAAACCUCGACUAACGGAUACUUCUUGCAAAUGGUUUCGGUCGGCGUCGACGGCGGCCAGGACAUCGUCUACAGCAAGCGUUUCGGUCUCACAGGUAUGACUGGCACUUUCAGCGCUGCUCAGAUUGCAGGCAUCACAGCCGUCGGUUCCAGUACUGCCGCCGGUCUUCCCGCUGCCCACAACUUGGCUGCUGCUGCUGCCACUGGCGCCGCCGCCAUCGGUGGAGAGAUGUACACCGUACCCUACCACCUCCAGACCGGCCUCAUCAAGUACGCUCCCAUUCAACCCAUGCCCGGAACAAAGAUCACCGCAAAGACCCCUUCCAUGAUGAACCCGAGCACGAGUUUCACCAUCUUCAAGACAUAUGCGCCACCAGCUACCAUCACCUACACCGCAACUGAGUCUCAGACUUUCACUGCCUCGAGUAGAGAGAACCCCGCAUCUGCUGCUACUCAGCCCACCGCUGCCGAUAUGAAGAAAUACCUCAAUCGCUGGAAGGAUUAGAUCUCUGGGACUAUUCCCGAAUAUUAUGCUUCAUGGGCGUUUUGUGUGUUUUCUGGAGUCUUAUUACAAGUAAUGGCACUACCCACGGACGGCGUUCUCAGACCUUUGUAUUUUGGUUUUUGGUGCGAGGAGAUGGUAUAGCAUUGAUGC